UCAGCCUUGGUGGCGUGUGGUCGCCACAAUGUGUUUGACGAACGCGUGCGCAGUGAAAGUUCGUUAGAGAAAUGCGUCUCGCGAUCGCCUUUCUGUUUGUGGUGACAUGGACAGCAGCUCAUGGCUACGACUACGCCUCGGCGUGUGCGCGGCCCUACCGCUCCAAGCGCGCUAAACCUGUACCCGAUGUACCGUGUGAUCUCAGCAAGCAAAGCUACUGCACAACACCAGGCAGUAGCUACCCUUGGCAUGCGAUACGACGGUUCAUUCGAGAGAAUCAGGGUCUUAUGAGGAGAAUGUAUGGAGAAGAACGUCACAUUGCUGUACUUAAAGCAGAAUUAGAAAAUUUCAUUGACGAUGACGACGAUGACAGAAGCAAUGGUUUUUCUGAGGAUCUUAUAAAAACAAAAAUGUUAUACACAAAAAAAAGCAAUGGACGUGCCAUGAAAGAUAAACCACAUUUUAGACCAAUUCAAUCAAAUGAGAAACAGAAAAAAGUUGAUAACGAUAACUUAAAAGUAAAGCCUUUAGACACUUUAAAUAGUACCAACAAAAACAAAGAAAAUCAAAAUUAUACAAAUAAUAAUGAAGCAUCAAACGACGACAAAGGUAUAUCAUAUAAAACUAAACUCGAAAGUAUAGCAAAUAUUGAAAUCAAUAAUUUAGAUCCAGACGUAAUUACUCUAGAAGCUGUCAUAAAACAAAGUAUUGAAGCCAACAGUAUAUACACAAACUUCUCUGGUACUUCAAAAAGUGAAAUACUGACUUCUGAAAUGAAAAACAAUACAGAACGGAACACAAUUGCAACAACAACGGAAAUCGUAGUCAAUACCACAGAAAGUAAUGAUGAACAAUAUGAUGACAUAACAACAGAAACGGGUAAGGAUAGUUGGAAAAGCAACGGUGAUGCUUCGACUUUGCCUCCAACGUUACUUUUCUCUGAGCAUGAAAAAGUUAAAAUCGAUCGUAUUGACACUAAAGAAAAUGAAAAAAAGGAAGAAUUUCAUCCAAAACCAGUGGUACAUCAGGAAACAAUGCGUCCGUCUGUCAUUAAGCUACGAGGAGCAAACGCAUGCGAAACAAAAGAGGAGAUGGCAGCUCCAUUCUGGGCGAACAGCACGCGCGGAGAGAUGCUAGCUCUCCUCAAUAUGUACCCCUUCGAGCAGUACAUACACCUGGAGACGUGCGUGCACAAGCACAAACAAAUGUACUGCAGGGAAGGAUGUAGAUGUGAGCAGCAGUUCCGUCUCCAUCGCUUGCUGGCUUACGAUCCACGUAACGAAUGUCGCGGCAUAUUCGCGGACUGGUUCAAGUUCCCAGCCUGUUGUGUGUGCAAGUGCUAUGACGUGCCCCUCGAAUUCCGCGCUCGAUCACCCAGGAUCCUGCACCCUCAGUACGACGAAGAGGUUAAAAGACUGAUCUACGAGGACGUGGCAAGAGACUGGUACACCAUGUCCUAUGAGGACCCUGAUGAAUUAUAUUGAAAAUUAAGCUCAGUAUAUAGUGUGUAAUUUUGGAUUUACUGUGAAGUUAGCCCAUAAAUAUAGGUAUAAGUGUGAAUUUCUUUAGAAUAGUUAGGACAUUAGGAUCGUUGGGUUGUAUAGGCCCAAUUGUUUCGUCGGUUAAAACCGUCAGAUAGCAGCGCGUUAAAUUUAUAUAUUUUUAAGAAUGGAGAGAGUUUUCGUUUUUAAUUAUUAUAGAAAUGUUUGUAAAAUAAGAUUAGAUACUUAUUAUUUAUCUAAUAACAUAUUCACCCAAAACCCCAACCCCACCAGAAAUAUACAUUUAUUGUAGAUUUUCUUUUAUAAUUUAUUUAUUGAACAGAAGUACGUACAUACUAUUACAUAUAUAGUUUUAAGAUAAUUUUGGAACAAAUAAAAUGAGUUAUAUGCUCAUCAUCAUCAUAGAGUUCGUUCGAAUUUUAGCUAAAUAUCACAUUUUACAAGCCUUUAAGUCACUUGGGGAUAAAUUCUAUUAAGAAUUUGACGCUUUAUCGCAAUCGAAUCGAAAAUCGUUGUCGUUUAACCGUUUUUGACGGUAAUGACGAACCAGUUGCGUUUCAGUCGGAAUCGGAAAAUCGGAACGGAAUAAAAUCGGGAUCGUAUCAUAACCUUUGUAAACUAAUAGAAUUGGCCCCCUAUUAAUGUGUGUGGGAUAAAUCUUGUAACCUUGAUUUUAACUAAUCAAUUGAUCGAAAAUUUUGUACACGCCAAUUACAAAACAACUACUAUUCAAAAAUUUUAAGCAUUUCAGUAGCACACGUUUUAUGAAAUAGUGCAUACAAGCUGGAUUUCAAAAAGGCCCAUUUCAUUAUUCUGUUCAAAAUUUUCUGUUGUUCUUUUUACUAAAAACUUGAUGUCCAUUAAAUUAGAAAAGCGAUCGUAUUACGAGUUUAUUUAUCUUUAUGUAGAAAACAAUAUGCUUAAAUUUUAGAGGAAUAUUAAGUACUUAUCCGCCUUAUAAACGUUGCUUAGGGGUUGUUUAGUUAAACACUGAUUUCACUCUUUCUGUCAUUAUUGAUUCGACAUUCGUAAGAAGAAGACAGCAAUGUUUCAUUAAUUGCCGCUAAGCAACGUUUACAAGCAAGGUCGUAUCUGUUGUAGACAUUAUGUAAUUAGAUGAAUUGUUUUAAUUUAUAAGUUGUUUAUAUGUAAAAUUAAUUAUUUCGUUACUAAUCAUUAUGUUUAAGGCUAGUGAAAAUUGUAAAUUAAAUGUAAAAAUAUAAUUAAUCGUUAA